UAGUGUGAGAGAAUCAUACAAGGCCAACCAAGAGCAAUUCACCAGUGGGACCUCAGGGAAGAACUGCAUACAGGACAAGGGGAGAGAAACAAGUGCAUACAGAAGUAGAGCUAAGAAGACCCACACAUAGCUCGGAAAAGAGCAAGACAUUUGGAAAGCAGAAUGGAUUACAACCCAGACAUUAUCCGGGACAAUAAUCCCAUGGACAGUUUGGAGAAACAGCUAAUUUGUCCUAUUUGUCUUGAAAUGUUCCAGAAACCUGUUGUGAUCUUGCCAUGCCAGCACAACCUGUGUCGAAAAUGUGCCAAUGAUGUGUUCCAGGCUGGCAACCCAUAUUGGCCAACACGAACUUCUGUGUCGGGGGGAAAAUUUCGAUGCCCAACAUGCCGUCAUGAGGUUAUUUUAGACCGUCAUGGAGUUUAUGGGCUGCAAAGAAACCUACUUGUAGAAAAUAUAAUAGACAUCUACAAACAGGACUGCAGUCGACCCGAGAAGAAAAAGGAGAACCUUCCAAUGUGUGAAAAGCACGAAGAUGAAAAAAUAAACAUUUACUGUGUCACCUGCCAAGUACCUACCUGUUCCAUGUGUAAAGUGUUUGGCGCCCAUAAAGACUGUGAAGUGUCACCUCUCCAGAAUAUAUUCCAGACUCAGAAGAUAGAGCUCAGCAGCUGUAUAUCGAUGCUGGUUGCUGGUAACGACAGAAUUCAGUCAAUCCUUGGCCAGUUGGAAGAGUUCUGUAAAUCUGUAAAGGAGAACAGUCAAAAGAAGAAGGAAUCUGUGAAUGAGUUAUUUGGAGAACUGAGCAGAGUCCUGGAAGAAAAGAAAGCUGAUCUUGUACAAAGGAUAUCACACGCUGAGGAGGAGAAGAUUGACUUUGUGCACACCCUCGUUGCCAAUUAUCAGGAGCAACUUCAGUCCUGUUCCAAAUUGCUGCAAAGUGCACUUCAAGCUUCUGAACAGUCUGGCCAUGCUACUUUCCUGUUGGAAUCCAAACAGCUUAUUAAAAGGAUUAUGGAUGCUUCUAAGGGUAGUCGCUUUGAGAAAACAGAACCUGGUUUUGAUAACAUGGACCAAUUUACUUUGGACACUGAACAUAUUACAGAAUGCCUAAGAAGCCUUGAUUUUAGUACAAAUUGUGAAGAUGAAGAGGAAGAAGAGGAAAAUGAAGAAUAUGAAGAGCCAGAAGAAGAACAUCCUGGCGGGCAGCAAGAACUCCUGAGUGUGUGAAAGACUCGUGGAGCACGUGUCACAAUCUUCAGGGAAGAAUAGAAAGGAAUCACAUGAGCCCGGAGAGCAGAGAUCCACUGGGCUGUAACUCCGGACUGCUGCUAGUCAUCAGAAGACCUUUUUUUCUUGGUCAUCUGAUUGGGAUGUAUAUAAUUGUUCUCUUGUUUUUGUUUUUUUUAAACUCUCGGGUGCUGUGACUCUGCAUUUGGGUUGGUUUCCGUUCUUUCAGAAACCCUGUGAUGGGGAAAGUGGGCAAGUAUUUGGGUCAUGUAAAAUGAACUUUGGAUUAGUGUGCCUUGUAUUGACUGCUAAACUUGAAUAAAAUGUUUCCGAUCUUGUGAUAGAUUCCUGAGGCAGUCGCUGUGAUAUCAU